GCUGGCGUCGUGUCUCUCUCUGGUCGGCUUCGUCUUGAGCAACGCCGGACGUGAAGCCCCUAGCAACUGUGCACAGGAACAUCUCCACGUCACGUCUGGCGACCGCGACACGCUCCUUCCUCUUCCUCCGCGUCCAUGAUGCGUCCCAGAAUCAAAAUGCCGCGCCGGACGGCACCCAACCAGCCAUUGUCGCGCCGCCACAAACGCAACCUCUCGUACGCCUUCGUCGUCGCAUUCGUCUUCGCAGUUGUAUACGUCUUCAAUGGUCCAGGCGACCCCAUGGCUGUGCCCUUCGACCAGCACCAGGCAUACAUGAACGACCGCGCAAACACCCGUAGCAUCCUUGUAGGAGACUCGUACGACUGGCGGACCGCGCCUUUCGUCCAUACUAUCUCCGAAUACAUACGCUUGCCUGCUGGCACGCCGAAGAAGCUGCCUAAAGUGCAAUUCGACUUCCCGCCGGAGACAUCCUCGCAGAAGGCGAAGCGGGAGGCGCGACGGGUUGCAGUCAGGCAAGAGUUCCAGCGCAGCUGGGAGAACUACAAGACCUUCGCAUGGGGCCAGGACGAGCUUGCGCCGAUCACAGGAGAAGGUGCCGAGUCAUUUGGAGGCUGGGGUGCGACGCUCGUGGAUGCGCUGGACACGCUAUGGAUCAUGGGGCUGAAAGACGAGUUCUACGAGGCGGUCGAGGCGGUCGCUGCCAUUGACUUUGGCGUUUCCGACUCGGUGACAAUCAGCGUAUUCGAGACUACGAUCCGCUAUCUGGGCGGGCUGCUCUCGGCAUACGACCUGAGCCACGAGAAGGUGUUGCUAGACAAGGCCAUACAGCUCGGCGAGAUGCUGUACCGUGCCUUCGACACCAAGCCCAACAACUUCCCGUUGGACAGACUCAUGUUGGAGAAUGCGAAGAAUAAGGGCGGCUUCAAUGCAGACAGUAGCAUCUGUUUCGCCGCGCUGGGUUCUCUGACCAUGGAGUUCACGCGACUGGCCCAGGUCACGCAGAAGGACAAGUACUACCACGUUGUUGCCAACGUCACGAACUUCCUGGCCCGCACCCAAAAUGAGACGAACAUCCCAGGAUUGUUUCCUAUCUGGAUCAAUGCGUACCACGAGACCACCGUCGGUACGUCAUUCACGGCCGGCGCAAUGGCAGACAGCUCCUAUGAAUACUUCCCAAAGAUGGUAGCUCUGCUUGGUGGUCUCGAGCCGACGUACGAAAAGCUGUGGAAGGACUCCGCCGCGAUGAUCGACAAGCACAUGCUCUACCGGCCUAUGCUCCCCGACACCGAGCCCGGCAAGGACCUACUUUUCAGCGGCGACGUGAGCAUCUCGGGCGAGGACAUCAAGCUUGAAGCAGAGAUGCAGCACUUGACCUGCUUCAUCGGCGGCAUGUUCGCGCUCGGCGGACGUCUCAUGCCGGAUCAGCACCACGUCGAUCUUGGCGCGAAGCUCACCGAAGGCUGCAUCUACGCCUACGCCGCGAUGCCCAGCGGCGUCAUGCCAGAGAUUUUCAACAUUGCGCCCUGCGCUGACCGUACCUCGUGUUCUUGGAACGCCACCUUUUGGGAGGAAGAGGUGCUCCGGCGCAGCGGCUAUAACAAGGAGCACGCGGACUUUGCGGGUAUCUUGGAAAAGGAAAAACUCCCGCUGGGCUUCACCUCACUCCGCGAUAAGCGCUACCUCCUCCGCCCCGAGGCCAUCGAAUCCGUCAUGAUCAUGUACCGCAUCACCGGCCAUGAAGAGUACCUCGACCACGCGUGGGACAUGUUCACAUCGGUUGUCCGCGCAACGCAGACUCCCUUCGCCAAUGGCCAGGUCUUCGACGUUACUGCUGAUCCGCCGGCUGAGCCGGAGAACAAGAUGGAGAGCUUCUGGUUCGGCGAGACGCUCAAGUACUUUUAUCUCGUGUUCAGCCCGCCUGAUAUGAUUAGCCUGGACGAGUGGGUGUUCAACACCGAGGCGCAUCCGUUCCGCAGGCCGGUGCCGCAGAAGACGGGGACAAGGGGGAACUAAGACGUCGAGAAUUCAGGCAGUGGAGGAGGAUGAGAAGGGUCCAGGCCACCCACAAAGAGACUUUAGCAUGGCGGCGUUCUUGCGUGAUACCCGUUCGGAGCGAAGCGCUUCGG